CUUUGCCGCGUAUAUUCAUUCCAGUUGCGACCGGUAGUACGGACUCACAUACUUUUAACUUCACCAAAAAGCAUUUUUUAUAUUAAAAAAUGGAAUUCGUCGGCAAGAAAUACAAGAUGGUCUCUUCCGAGAACUUCGACGAGUUCAUGAAGGCUAUCGGUGUCGGCCUGAUCACCCGCAAGGCCGCGAAUGCCGUCACCCCCACAGUGGAGCUGCGCAAGGAUGGAGACACCUACACCCUGGUCACCUCCUCCACCUUCAAGACCACGGAGGUCAAGUUCAAGCCUGGUGAGGAGUUCGAUGAGGAGAGAGCUGAUGGCGCCAAGGUGAAGUCCGUGUGCACCUUCGAAGGCAACACCUUGAAGCAGGUGCAGAAGUCAGCCGAUGGUGUCGAGGUCAGCUACAUCAGAGAAUUCGGACCCGAAGAGAUGAAGGCUGUGAUGACCGCCAAGGAUGUGACCUGCACCAGACUGUACAAGGUCCAAUAAGCUGCUUCAAAAGACUGCGGGGCAGAGCCCUACUUGUGUCUGUACUGCACAACUAACUCUAUAACUUAUGUCGUCUAGGCUAUUAGUACUCGUAUCUACGUUGAUUCGUUUCGAAACAUCAUGAUAUAAAAAACGUUAUUUUUAUACUUUCAUUGUAUUUGCCAAAGUUUACGCGGUCGCGUACUGUCUUCAAGUUUCAACUGUUGUAUAAGUUUUUCAGUGCAUAUUUAAAUAAAACGUUUUUUUUUGUA